AUGAAAGUUGCCGCUACCAUUCUCCCUCUUCUCACCGCGGUGUCCGCCUCAUGCCUUCACGGCACCUCGCUGUUGCCGCGUUCAGCUGACGGCACCGUCGACAUUAACUACUACAACUAUACCAACCUCGGCGGCCCCCUCAACUGGUACGGUCUCGAUAAAGAGAAAAACAGUGCUUGCGCUACUGGCAAGCGUCAGUCGCCCAUAAACAUUGUCACCCAGAACAUUGACUACGCUGCCGCCAAUUCCGUUCACUUCAAUAUUCCUACUGCCAACGAUAUCAAGUUUGAGAACCUUGGCUCGGGCCUUGAGGUCGUUCUGACCAACGGUUCCCUGGUCACCAAGGCUGGCUCCUACGAGCUUGCUCAGUUCCACUUCCACACUCCUAGUGAGCACCGCAUCAACGAUGAGCACUAUCCCAUGGAGGCUCACUUUGUCUUCGAGAACUCUGCUGGCGCCAUCGCCGUUGUGGGCUUCGUCUUCGAGCUCUCUCAGUUCGGUUACUCUUACCCCCUAUUCGACUCCGUCUUUGCUCACGUUGAGGACAUUGCCACUCCUGGCACUUACACUAAGACUGGCAAGCUUGACUUCACUGCGCUCACUCGCCACCUGAACACCCACGGUAUUUAUCAGUACAAUGGCUCUCUCACUACUCCUCCCUGCUCCGAGAGCGUGGCCUGGUACCUCAGCACCGAGCCUCUGCCCGUGAACGUUCAGAGCUACAAUGCUGUCAAGCACAUUCUCAAGUUCAAUUCGAGAUAUACCCAGAACGCCCUUGGCCAGGACAACCUGCUCGAGGUUGCCGCGGCUGACUUGAACUAA